UCUUCGUGUCUUUUUUCUCUCUAGUAGUUUGUUGAGUUUGAGUCUCAGGGCGGAAACCUGAAGACAAACUGUUGGACCGUCUCUGUCCUCGUGUCUCCUCCGCUCGAUCAGCUGCGAUCAGCUGUGUUCGGACGUGAUCAGCUGAUCGAUGGAUUAGAGGAUUGAAGGACAUGGCGUGUGUGUGUGUGUGGCUGGUGUGUGUGCUGAGUGCGUGUGUCGGGGCUGUCGGCGGAUUGGACAGAGAUGACCACGCCCACCGGGACCAACAACACCGUCACCUCGUUUCCACCGGCAACCAAGAACCAGAUCUGUGUCUCAUAGAUCCACCGCUCUGUCAGGACGAGAGCUCCGUCCUGAGUUUCGAUGCGAUCUGCAGCAUCCACAAAAUGAUGGACGAUGACGCUGACGGCACCGUGGACACGACCGAGACGGACGAGUUUCUCAGGGAGGAUCUGAAAUAUCACGACUCCAAAGCCAAACACAGCAGCUUCCAUCGAGCCGACCUGCACAUCAGCGUGGAGGACAUGUGGAACACCUGGAAGAACUCUGAGGUGUAUAACUGGACGGUGCAGCAGGUGGAGGAGUGGCUGCUGCUCAGUGUGGAGCUGCCUCAGUAUUCAGAGACCUUCAGGAAGCUACAGCUGGACGGACGAGCUCUACCCAGGCUGGCUGUGAAGAACACCACAUUAACCGUGUCCCUGUUGAAGAUCUUAGACCGGAGUCACACUCAGAAGCUUCAGCUCAAAGCUCUGGACAUCGUCCUGUUCGGACCUCCACCAGGUCGUCAGAACCGCUGGAAGGACCUGGUCCUGGUUCUGUCCGUCCUCAUGGCGCUGUGUGGCUGCUGGUUCGCCUGGGUCCAGACCAGGAGGUCCAGAGACGACCUGGGGAAGCUGAUGAAGGACCUGGAGGGUCUGCAGAGGGCCGAGCAGAGUCUGAUGGACCUGCAGGAGAAGCUGCAGAAGGCUCAGGAGGAGCAGCGCUGCGUUCAGGUGGAGAAGGUGAAGGUGGAGGAGGAGCUGAGGAACGAGAUGAACUCGGCCCAACGUGAAGCCAUUCGCCUCCGAGAGCUCAGAGAAGGAGCCGAGAGCGAGAGGAGUCGCCAGAAAUACGCAGAGGAGGAGCUUGAGCAGGUGCGGACGGCGCUGAGGAAGGCUGAGAAGGAGCUGGAGUCUCGGACUCACUGGGCUCCUCCAGACUCUCUCCAGAAGUGGCUGCAGCUGACUCACGAGGUGGAGGUCCAGUAUUAUAACAUCAAGAAACAGAGCGCGGAGAGGCAGCUGCUGCAGGCCAGGGAGGGGGCUGAGAAGAUCAAGAAGAAGAGGAGUUCUCUAUUCGGGACGUUUCAUGUAGCUCACAGCUCGUCUCUGGACGACGUCGACCACAAGAUCCUAUCGGCCAAACAGGCCCUGGCUGAGGUGACGGCCGCGCUCAGAGAGAAACUCCACCGUUGGCAGCAGAUCGAGACUCUGACGGGAUUCGGUUUGGUCAACAACCCGGGUCUGGGAGCUCUGGCCUCCGCCCUCAACCUGGACCCGUCCUUCCUGGGCCUGAGACCUCCGACCCCUCAGCACCUCCUCCUGUCCGACGACCUGGACGACAUGGACGAGGACAUCUUGUCUCCAGGGACGCUGCAGUAUGCAGCUUGGCAGAUGGACCGGCGAGUUAGUGACCUCUGGCCCCUGAGUGGCAUCGCAGACACCCAGUCACCAUGGAAACAAUCCGCUCAGAGUCUGAUGCCCCUGCGACAGAGGGUAGGAGACCCCGCUGCGAUGUUCAGCUCUCAGAGGGACAUCAUGAACCGUUCAGACUCUGACUCCGCCCUUCCGCUGUCUCACAGCGAAUCACGAGGCGUGUACAGCUCUAAGCCCCACCCCCUGCCAUCCAGGCUCCACCCCCUGCAGGGUACAGGAGGAGGAGGUCUGGAGAAGAGCUCCAGCCUCGGGGAGCUCAGAGGAAUUUCUCCCUCCGUCCUCGCCUCUGCCAGCUCCACCCGUUCCCUCUGUAUCACAUCCGACGCCGUCAACGCCUUCUCGUCCUCCACCUCAUUGGCCAGCAGUGGCCAGGGGGCGGGGCUCCAGGACGGAGGGGAGGAGUCCAGCAGCAGGAGGAGAAACGCCUUCAAUAAGAUCUUCAAGAAGAAGCAGGGACGCCACUGAAGAGACGACGUCUCCAUCAGCUUCAUCCUCCUCCUCUUUUAUCCUGUUUCUGUCUUUAUGAAAAUGAUGCCUGCAGAGAAGGUGGAGGAUGAUUUCUGCUACUGGACAUAAGAGCAAAACCAAGUCCAACAUCAAGACACCAACGUUCUGCAGGACUUGGCUGUAAAGAGAAGAACGGAUCGAGGAUGAAUGAGGCUCCAGUUAUCAUGACACAUGAUAAGAAUGAUUCAUGAUGGGACGUCAUUCCUCUGUUUCACCACAUCCUGUUAAAGUGUUUUUCUUUUUCUUUUUUUGUAUAUGUGACCUGAAUGAAGACUAAAGAACGUCUGAGGUUUAAAUUGGUAUUUACUCUGAACAAAGACUGAAGCAGCUGCUGUGUGAGGACUUCAUUACCCAGAGUCUUUGAUGCCAAAGAACUAAACAUUUAUUCAGUUAUUUUUUUAUUUAUACGUCUGAAAUCUCUAAUAAAACGGUAGAAGUGGA